UGGUGACGGCCUCUUUAGCUGCUUGCCCUGGUGACAGGUGGCUCCCGCAGCUCCAGGCACUGGGGACCAGAGCCUUCCCUGGGUCCACCUCAUGCAUGAACUCUCUCCGCUGGGCCGCUAGGGCCAACCCAGAAAAUGCUGUGUGCUCAAAGUAGGAUGUGUUGCUGUGGAAACCAGCAGCUCUCAAAACUAAAAGGAAAGGAAAAAAUUGCAAUCCCAGAACAAAGGCCAAUUUGGGGACUAUAUAAAAGGAAAUGAGAAGCAGUCAGGGGAGCCAGAAGCUUCAUAGAGACAAACAGGAGAAUGGAGUCUACGAGCUUUGCUUUCCCUCCCAGAGUUUGUUGGGGUAGACAUGAGAGCCACUCAAAGAGCAGGUGCCUGUUCUGCUAGCACUGUCCCUGGGGCAGACCACAAAGGGCUUUGUCUUCCAGAGUGUUCCGUGUUAGUCUGUGAUUUUGAGAGAGAAGUUGAGGAUGUUUUUCUUAGAGUUGAAGGCGAAGUUAUCAAAUUGAUGCAUUCUGAAAGAUAGGUAAAGGUGUACAUUAUUAUCUGACGAUGCAGGGUGGGGAGAGAAAUCGAGGUGAACUAUGCAGGUGACUUCCCAGUGUCUUCAGGCAGUUUGCCAGUGUUCUGCUGUCUGAACCAUGUACCAUAAUUUCAUCCUCUUGUCCCAGCUAUUAGGUCUCCUCUUAACUUGCUACUCAGAGGUGCCUUCUCCAAAGCCAGCAAUUUGAAACAGCCGUGUUGCAUUUAGUUCUAAAUUUGUGGCAGUUAGAAAGGAAAUGACUAAAAGAUAAUGCUGGGCUAAAAGAUAAUGUUUAGUUUUCUACCCACAAAGCAGAUGCUCUUUGUACUGCUUAAAACGGACGAACUUGCGCCCGCAGAGCCAAACCCUUCAUGCUUGCCAAGAGCAAAUGAGCUCUGAAUCACGGUGGAAGAAGAAUUCCUGCGUACUUCUUUCUCCCCUCUUGGCUCUGCCCCUGGCUGAUGAAAAUUUGAGAAUGCUCUAGAGGCGAUGGUUGAACUCCUGAUCAGAAAAUAAUUCACUGAGUAAGAGUGAGUAGCAGGAAGAAGCCAGAGUACACACUGCCCAGGACACACCUGACCUGAGCAGACCUGCGGAGUGGAGCCCAUUCUGUGUACCAGGAAGGCACCAGGAAGGCACCAGGAGGCUGGGAGGAGAGCCCAUGGGCACAGAUUCGAGGAAACAGUCGUCAGCCACACAGGACCUGCCGAGGGCAAACAGCACUACCCACUCUAGCUGGUUUAAUGAGAAGAGACAUUCAUCAUCAUUCCGGGGAUGGCUCCCAGCCACAGCGAUGCCUGAGCCCUAGGCUGAUACUAGUCCCAGAUGCCUCCUUCCUAGUCCCUGUGGUCAGAAAAAACACCUGCUUCUCUGUGCUGUCUUCCAAAUAAAAAUCCAGCAUCAGAUUAAGCGGCACCAAAAUAUAUUCCUCCCCAUCUCAGCCAGCCACAAGGGAGUAUGGGAAAAUGACUGCCUGGAACUUGGAGUAUAGAACAUCCUCGCAUGAAAGAAGUCAGGCUGGUCCUGGCUCGUCUGUCCACACUACCCAUCCUACCAGCCUCAGCCUCAAUUUUCCUCUCUUCCAGGAAGCAUUCUCCCCCGCUGAACUCUGUAACCCAUAAUCAGAGGUCACGCUGAAGGUGCACAUCAGUGACGCCAGCACCCACCAGCCCAUUGGGGACGCGCUCAUUGAGGUUUUCAACAACCAGGUCUCCAUUGCUUCUGGCACGUCGGGGACAGAUGGCGUCGCCUUCAUCAAGUUCCAGUAUAAGCUGGGCAGUCAGCUGGUGGUCACUGCCACCAAGCAUGCCUACGUGCCAAACUCUGCCCCGUGGAAGCCGAUCCGAUUCCCCGUAUUUUCUUCCCUGAGCCUUGGCCUGCUUCCAGAACGAUCUGCCACACUAAUGGUGUAUGAAGAUGUUGUCCAAAUUGUAUCUGGAUUCCAAGGUGCCCGGCCGCAGCCUCGCGCUCACUUCCAGAGAAGGGCCCUGAGAUUGCCGGAGAACACCAGCUACAGCGACCUGACCGCCUUCCUCACGGCCGCCAGCUCCCCCUCGCAGGUGGACAGUUUCCCUUACUUGCGAGGAUUAGACGGAAAUGGAACAGGAAACAGCACUAGGUAUGACCUGACCCCGGUCACGGCCGUCAGCGUCCACCUGCUCAGCAGUAAUGGAACGCCGGUGCUGGUGGAUGGGCCCAUCUAUGUCACCGUGCCCCUGGCCACACAGAGCAGUCUGAGGCACAAUGCCUAUGUUGCAGCGUGGCGGUUUGACCAGAAGCUGGGAACGUGGCUGAAGAGCGGUCUGGGCCUGGUGCACCAGGAGGGCAGCCAGCUGACGUGGACGUACAUCGCCCCCCAGCUGGGCUACUGGGUGGCAGCCAUGUCUCCUCCCGUCCCAGGUCCCGUUGUAACACAGGACAUAACCACGUAUCACACGGUGUUUCUUUUGGCCAUUUUAGGAGGAAUGGCUUUCAUACUUUUGGUUUUGCUGUGUCUCCUUUUAUAUUAUUGCAGGAGGAAGUGCCUGAAGCCUCGUCAGCACCACAGAAAACUGCAGCUGCCAGCGGCCCUGGAGAGUUCCAAAAGGGACCAGGCCACGUCCAUGUCACACAUCAACUUGCUGUUCUCUCGGCGGGCGUCUGACUUCCCCGGGCCGCUGUCUGUGGCCAGCCACGGCCGCCCCGAGGCCCCGGGUGUGCAGGAGCGGAGGAGUGGGGUCCCCCUGGACAUGGUGUCUCCCGGCGGCGAGGGGGACCUGCACACGCCCAUGCUGAAGCUCUCCUACAGCACCUCGCAGGAGUUCAGCUCCCGGGAGGAGCUGCUCUCUCACAAGGAGGAGGAGAAAAGCCAGAUCUCCUUGGAUAACCUGACGCCCAGCGGGACCCUGGGGAAAGACCAUCAGAAGUCUGCGGAGAUCUUCCCCUUAAAGGCCAGGAAACCCGCGGAGAGGGAUGGCUACGAGUCCCCUGGCCACGAGGACUACCGGGGUAGCUACAAGGCCAUGCUCUCCCAGCCUUUAUUUGAGAAGCAGGACCGAGAGGGUGCAGCGUCCACAGGAAGCAAGCUGGCCAUUCAGGAGCACAUGUACCCCCCGCCCUCGUCUCCUGAGAAAGAGCAGCUGCUGGAUCGCAGACCCACUGAAUGUAUGAUGUCGCGAUCGGUGGAUCACCUGGAGAGACCCACGUCUUUCCCGCGGCCGGGCCAGCUGAUCUGCUGUAGUUCCGUGGACCAGGUCAAUGACAGCGUGUACAGGAAAGUGCUGCCCGCCUUGGUCAUCCCUGCACAUUACAUGAAGCUGCCCGGGGACCAUCCCUACGUCAGCCAGCCUCUGGUGGUGCCAGCCGACCCGCAGCUGGAAAUCGAACGGCUGCAGGCUGAGCUCUCCAACCCGCACGCGGGCAUCUUCCCGCACGCGGCCUCUCAGAUGCAGGGCCAGCCCUUGUCUUCCCAGGCCAUCUCACAGCAGCACCUGCAGGAGGCAGGAACCCGGGAAUGGAGCCCUCAGAACGCGGCCAUGUCCGAGUCACUGUCCAUCCCGGCAUCCCUGAACGACGCGGCUUUGGCGCAGAUGAACAGCGAGGUGCAGCUCCUGACCGAGAAGGCGCUGAUGGAGCUGGGCGGCGGGAAGCCGCUCCCACACCCCCGGGCGUGGUUCGUCUCCCUGGACGGCAGGUCCAACGCUCACGUUAGACAUUCUUACAUUGAUCUCCAAAGAGCUGGAAGGAACGGAAGUAACGACGCCAGCUUAGACUCUGGCGUGGACAUGAACGAACCAAAAUCGGCCCGGAAGGGAAGGGGAGACCCUUUGUCUCUUCCGCAGAACCACCCGCCCGUGCAGGAGCAUCCGCAGAAAGAGCCCCGCGCCCAAGACAGCAGCGCCUACACGCAGCUCGUGUACUUGGACGACAUGGAGCAGAGCGGCAGCGAGGGUGGGACCACGGUGUGCACCCCCGAGGACAGCGCGCUGCGGUGCUUGCUGGAGGGGCCCAGCCGGCGCAGCGGGGGCCAGCUGCCCAGCCUGCAGGAGGAGACCACCAAACGAACUGCCGACGGUCCGUCCGAGCCGCUGGCCAGCCCCCACCCUAGAAGGUCCGCUCACGACGACGAUGACGAUGAAGACGAGGACGACGACCAAGGAGAAGACAAGAAAAGCCCCUGGCAGAAACGGGAGGAGAGACCCCUGAUGGCAUUUAACAUAAAGUGAGCUGCCUCAGAGCUGCCAACCGUGGAAUUUAAAAUUGCCAAAUAUCCUUUCUUGUGGAAGCGCCUACCUGUGUGUGGGAGGAGGUGGACCCGCAGCAGCUGCGGGAAGUGGAGGCUCACCGCUCGCCGCAUUUCUGUUUGCGGUGCCCACGUGCAACAGGAAUUACAGUUACCGCUCAGAACACCGGAUGACCUCGAUGGGUGCCACACCUCCCGGCAGGCGGCUGGAAGCCCGUGUGCAUGUGGUGGACGGACGGGACGUGUCCACCGCCCAGGGACGCUGAAAAACCACACGUGAUGUCGCUGCGCUCUACCGAUCACCUCAUUUCUCCCUCGGGUUCUGGGAACAGAUGAAACUCUUUGCAUUGCUUGAAUCAGUUUUAUCACCGUGAUGCUACUGUGAAGCUAUUUACUGAGAUGUUAGGUUGCCACUUAGUGUCUCGAGGCGUAGGCAUUAUCUCAAAGGAAAGCUAUGCAUCGCUGCUUCGUUGUCUAACUUUGCUUAGGUUUUGCUUUGCUUAGGUUUCGUUUGGGGGUUUGCGUUGAUUUUUGUGAGACCGUUUGGUUGUGCAGAUUUACUUCCUUCAUUUGAACCCGUUCUGCUGCUCAGCGGUUCUGUUGCAGUGUCUCUCCUCGGGAGCUCCUGAGUGUCGUCUCUGAACACCCAGGCUUUGUCAUGAAACCGUACUGAACUUUCUGUCCGCUAAGAGUCCUUCAGUCCUGGUCCCAUUAACUCCAAGUGCCUUUUUUACAGUGACGACAGACAGUCCCUCACUUUUCUUUGUUUUUCUCUACCCUCUUGAUUGAACUGCCUAGAUUUUAUACAGUUACGGAAGGAACCCCUGUCCUUUAAACUGCAUGCUGCCAAGUGCCGUUUGUGCUCAGCAUUCCCGCUUGCAGGAGGUGUGCUCGCCAGUCGCCACGCGGCACGUGGGCUCUGUCAGCCGAGACAGGCGAGAGGCCAGGUAGAGCCGCCCUCCCCGCCGCCGUCCCUCGGGCCACCUGCCGCCGUGAGGGUCUUAGUGGCUGUUUGUAUAUACGGUUACGUAUUAACUCCGGAAUCCCAUGGGCUGACCUUGCUCAGCAAUCCCGAGAGCAAAGACUGAGCAAGUGGACUGAAUGUGAGUGUUAGAAAGAUCCUUCUGUACUACCCAGAAGUGCCAGAAUGACUCCUCUGUGCAUUCUCCUUAAAGAGCUGCUUGGUUAUCCAAAAAUGAAAAUUCACAAUAAACUCUGGAGACAGAGAAAAAAAAAACA